AUGCUUGUUAAAAAAAUUGAUUUAUAUAUUUCUAGAGAAUAUGAAUUAAGAUAUCCUGCAGUAAGAAAUCUUGGCAUUAGCGUAACAAAUGCUGUCAAGAAAUAUCCUUCAUAUUUGGAAAUAGAUAUAGCAAAUUUUGUAGUUAUUGAUAAGCCUAAAUAUAAUUUGAUUUUAGGAAAUCUAUUAUUUUCUGAUUUUACUGCAACAGAUUCAGAUGGAGAAAUUAUAAUAACCAAAAAUUUCAAACAUCAUAAAGUUAUGAGAAAUCUUGAUCUAAAUACUUAUUAUGAUUUAGAAUACACUGAAAUAGAAUCUGAAUAUUCUAACUCUAAAGACGAGAAUGAGAAUGAAGAAAUUGAGUCACCUAUAAUAAUAAUCAGAUGA